GCCAAGCCCGCUAGUUAUUUAUACUUGCUCACAACAAGAAAAACAAACUCAACUUCAUUUCAUCAAACGGCGAAUCACCAAAAUUCGCGCGACAACACCAAUGCGAUGGCCGGCUUAGAAGAUAUCCCGUUCGAGCUGUUACUCCAAAUCGCCGGUUAUCUCAAAGGCGACAAUGACGCGCUCCGGCAUCUCGCUUUGACGUCAAGAUGGUUUCUCUCCGCUGCACAAGAGGCACUCUACCAGGAAAUCAUAGUUGAAAAAACCUAUGACCGUGACCAUCCAAGGACGAAAACGCUUGUUCAGACUAGCUAUCUAUUUCGCACACUCUUUGCGCGGCCUGACUUUUGCAGAAAAGUGCGAGCGCUACGCCUACACGUACUUGAAUGGGAGACGAGUCACUCCGCCGACUGUGUGGAGACCCAGCAUCAUGAAACUGAGCCGGGGCUAGAGUGGAAAUGUUCCUGCGACUUUGCAAAGAUACAGGACUUGUGCGUACAAGCUGUCCAAGGAACGGAAAUGCGGCUGUGGCUUACCAAAAUGACGCCGUAUCCAGCCAUUCCGCGCCGAAAACGGUACCAGCAAUAUCGUGGAUGGCUGAAAGAUAUACACUACGAAUAUCAGCCCGCUCUUGUCGCCGUGCUACUUCAUAUCCUCCCCUCUCUGGAAUCGCUGUCCUUAAAAACACACAACGUCUCGGGCAAGGCCUUAACAACGUUGCUUGGUGUUGGGAACAUGCAGGGAAACUUUUCAUCUAGGUUGGUACCUGGUUUGUCUGCUCUCCAAUCGUUGACCACAACGUUUUUACCGCCUUGGACAGUGAUGACGCUACCCACCCUGCAUACACUUCACAUCAAGACCGGAGACAUCGACACAAUAGGAGGAACUGACUACCACCCGGUUGAUGUAUCACCAGGCGAACCUAUGGAUCACAGCCACGUGUGUACCAACAUCACCACUCUGAUCCUUGAUCUCAACGUCACGGUACUUACCAGAAAUUUGAACCUCUACGAAGGCGAGUUGUAUGGGUUACUCCACAAUCUACUCUCGCACCUCGAUGCACUCAGACAUCUUGAGAUUCGUCUUUUCCACAAUGACGAUAUGUCUCAUCACACGGACAUAGAUGAAGGUGAAGUGCUCUCAUAUGGCGAUCUUAUGCCUCUCCUUCAGGUCCCGACCCUGGAAACACUCACUAUCGACACGUCCGACGUUGAUUGGGAGAAGUAUGCCGACAAUGGUACCGGCCAGGCGUAUGAGUUGUGGCAGGCUGAUGGUAUUGAACCCCUCGACCUGCCUAGCCACGGCUGGCGCUAUCUCGUUCCAGAUCUCAUGCACCUACGCCGCCUCGUCCUACCUCAAGAAGCACUCUUUUUCCAUUAUCGUACUGACUCCCGUUAUGAUUUCCAACUUGACCAGGAGAAUUUCCUUCCUUGUUUGUUACCACCGUCGAUAGAAAUUGUCGAAGUCAUUGACUCGACUCGCAUGCUCAAUCAUUGGGCAAAAUAUGUACUCAUGCAUCGCCAUCAGUUUCCGUCUCUCAAACAGGUCGUGUUAUGGUGCGACAGGCUCCCAACUCCAUUGAUACAGGACCAGCGAUUUCGACAAGAGACUCCGAAUGGGGAAGAGAGCGAGGAGUCUGAUGAUAACAGAGAAUACAAACUUGAGGAUGAUGUGGAUGAUGAAGUCUGGGGUGCGCUACAGGGUAUCGGAGUGGAAUUGGUGAUCAAUACGACGCGAGGCAGGAACUGGCGAGUUGCAGGUUGAGACUGCUGUCAGGACAUCAAAGGGAACACAAGGAGACUUCACAAGUAAAUGCCAUUUUACGUCCAAGGCGUUUGAUCGUUGACUCGUUUCGACAGACUGAAGAUAGCAGGGCUGGUGUAGGGGCGAAAUUGAAAGUUGAUGCAUUAGCGG